AAAAUGAUUUUGAAAUUAAGAAGAGCAUUUCUUCGGAAAGAAAAAAAUUAGUUGCCCGUAUUCACUUGCAGACGAAAUAUAUUUUAUAGUUGACUUCGGUGUGUGACAUUUAAAACAUGGAGGCUCCUAGUUGCACGUGGGACUUAGUGAAAACUAUUGAAUCUGACGAUGAAAACAUUCCCGUCUAUGAUUCAUCAUCUGAAAGUGAAGAAGAAUUUCAGCCCAAACAAUUAAAGAGGGAUGAAAUCAAGGCAAAAAGUAAAACAUUCAGCCAAGAAUUUGAGUUUAUUGGGAAUGCUGGGGACUACAAUGCAGAUCCGUGGAAAGACGACGUUCAGAAAUAUAUUAAACGGAAAGCUAAAAGCAAGACAGACGAUAAAAUUGCACAAGUUCUGAAAGAAAAAGCUCUUGAAGAAGAUGGAAGUGAACAAGAAAUGGAUGAUGAAGUUGAAGAAAAUUUGUUGUCUGAAGAUGAACUAACAAAGGACAAUGUGCGAGACAAAGAGCGUGACAAGAAAAGGAAGUUAAAAAAGAAGAAGUCAGGUGAAGAUGUUGAUCCAAACUUGGGAAUGGGAGAAGAUUUCUUUGAUGAUUCCUUGCUGUAUGAGCCAGCUCAGAGCUUUCAUGAAAUGAACCUGUCCCGACCAUUGAUGAAAGCCAUCGCAUCCAUGAACUUUGUCCAUCCAACCCCUAUUCAGUCAGCAUGCAUCCCUGUUGCUUUAUUAGGGAGAGAUAUCUGUGGUUGUGCAGCUACAGGAACUGGCAAAACUGCAGCUUUUAUGUUGCCAGUUUUGGAGAGGCUAAUGUAUCGUCCCAAGAUAUCAGCUACCACUCGUGUUCUAGUUCUUGUCCCCACCAGAGAGUUGGGAGUUCAGGUCUACCAAGUGUCAAAGCAACUAUCACAGUUUACAAACAUUCAAAUAGGGCUCUCGAUUGGUGGUCUCGAUUUAAAAGUGCAAGAAAAAGUUCUUCGCGGUAAUCCAGAUGUCGUAAUCGCCACGCCUGGCCGUUUGAUUGAUCAUUUACGCAACACUCCAUCCUUCAGUCUUGAAGCCAUUGACGUAUUAAUUUUAGAUGAAGCUGAUCGGAUGUUGGAUGAAUUUUUCAUUGAGCAAGUCAAAGAAAUUAUAAUGCAGUGCGGUCGUAAGCGGCAAACCAUGCUUUUCUCUGCCACUAUGAGUAACGAAGUCCGAGAUUUGGCCGCAGUAUCACUAAAUAAGCCCAUCAAGGUGUUUGUUAACAAUAAUCGAGACGUAGCAUUCAAUUUGAGACAAGAGUUUGUUCGAAUCAGGCCAAAUCAUGAAGGUGACAGAGAAGCAAUCUUGUGCGCACUAGUAUGUCGUACAUUCCGUCAUCACUGUAUGGUGUUUGUUCAAACCAAAAUGCUCUGUCACAGACUUCACGUUCAGCUUGGGUUGCUAGGAAUAAGAGUGGGGGAACUUCACGGUAACCUCUCGCAACCCCAACGCUUGGAAGCUCUUAGAAAGUUUAAGGAGGAAGACAUAGAUAUUUUGGUUUCCACAGAUGUUGCAGCUCGUGGUUUAGAUAUCCCUGGGGUGCAGACAGUCAUUAAUUAUACGAUGCCUCCAACCAUAGAACGCUAUAUCCAUCGAGUUGGGCGUACUGCCCGUGCCGGACGGAGCGGCGUCUCUGUAUCGCUCGCCGGAGAAGGAGAACGAAAGGUUGUUAAGGAGAUCGUCAAAAGGGCCAAUAACCCUGUCAAAUCACGCUUGAUUCCAAACGAGAUUUUAGCAAAAUAUAAAAAAAAGUUGGCGCUCAUUGAACCCGACGUGGAAAGCAUUAUAACGGAGGAAAAAUCAGAAAGUCAGCUUUCAGCAAUGGAAAAUCAAAUAAAUCGCGCUGAAAAAAUGGUCAAGGUUAAAGAAGAGCCAGCUGCACCAAGCGUUCUGUGGUUCCAGACUCAUCAAGAGCGUUUAGACGAAAAGAAUCGAUUUAAAUUGUCAGCUGAUGGGGAUACCACAGAGCAACGGGGAAAGCCUAAAAAAAAGAAAGGAGAAAAUCAGAAGAUAAAACGUAAUGAGCGGAAGAAAGAACAGAAGAAGACCAAGAAAAAAGGUGAAAUGACAGCAGAAGAGCGAACCCAAUUGGAACUGAAGAAGGUCAUGCUCAUGCAAGCACGUGCAGCAAAGAGAAUAAGUAAACCUAAGAGCAUGCGAUCCACUAAUGACGUCAGUGACACCAGGGCUGUCAAGGCACAAGUAGCCAAAAAGUCCAAUUCGGCAUUCGCUGCAGAUUUAACUGACACGAGCCAGAGGUCGGUGAAAAGACUUCGGUAUCAAUCAAAUGUUCAAAAUCGACAGACAAAAUCGAGGAAAACAAAAAAAUGAAAUGGUAUUGAUAAUUUUUAAAGGAAUACAAUUUCUCAAGUUA